AUACCGGUCUUUGAAGGCCUAGCGGCAGCAUUCAUGGUGGUAUUCGGAAUCAGCAUCGUCGACUACCUAUAGUCCAGUCGGUUUCGUUGAAAAAGCGAUUUAUCAGUUGGGGAUCAUUCCUCGUUAGAGCAGUCCAAAAGUAAUGGCUUCAGUAUUAUAUUACUCCACGGAAAGCUGAAACAAAAUUUCUUCCCAUAUGUACUUGUAGUGUCAACAGUGCGCUAUAUUUCUUCAAUGUAUCAUCCUUCACUAUUUGCUAUUGUUAUAUGAGAAAAGUUCGAUGGAAGCUAUGCAUCCAUGUUUUAGAUGGAUAAGGAAAAUUAUCGUUUUUACAUUAAAAUAUGUACCGCACUUCAUAUUGAACCAAAAAUUAUUCACGACGAAUUAUAGUCUGUUUUCGGAGGCGAAGCUCUAUCUCACAGUACAGUUGUAUGGUGGUCAAAAUGGUUUCGUGAAGGUGGAGAACAGAUUGAAACUGAACCACGACCUGGUCGAUCUGUAACCGAGGCAACAUCCGAAAAUAUCGAAGAAGUUCGUGGUCGACUGACUGAUGCUCAGCGAGCUGAACGUGUUCGAAUAUGUCAAGAAAAUUUUUGGCAAAAUUUCAACAAGGAACAUGGCGAUUAUGUGACGUAG